CUAAAUAGCAAAAUAGCCGAAAAAGAAGAGACGUCAACAGGAAGAAGUACCGCUGCUGCAGUAAGACCUGCAGCAUGGCAGGGCGACGGGCUCUGAAGGCUGUCCUCAUAGACCUCAGUGGGACUCUGCACGUAGAGGACACUGCAGUGCCCGGGGCGCAGGACGCCCUCAACCGGUUACGGCAGGCAUCAGUAGCUGUGAAGUUUGUGACCAACACAACAAAGGAAAGUAAGAGGAACUUACUGGAGCGACUGCAACGACUUAACUUUGAUCUCCAGGAGAAAGAAAUCUUCACGUCUCUGAGUGCUGCAAGGAGUUUGUUGGAACAAAAACAACACAAGCCGCUGCUGCUGGUGGAGGACAGCGCACUAGAAGACUUCACUGGUAUCGACACUUCGGAACCAAAUGCCGUCGUCAUUGGACUCGCUCCUGAUCAUUUCAACUACCAGACUCUCAAUCAGGCUUUCAGAAUGAUUUUGGAUGGAGCUCCUCUUAUUGCCAUUCAUAAGGCUCGUUACUACAAACGUAAGGACGGCUUGGCCCUUGGCCCCGGACCCUUUGUGACAGGCUUGGAGUAUGCCGCAGAUUGUAAAGCUACAGUGGUGGGAAAGCCCGAAAAGACGUUUUUCAUACAGGCCUUGUCUGAUUUAGGAUGUAGCCCCAGUGAAGCCGUCAUGAUAGGAGAUGAUGCGAGAGAUGAUGUAGGUGGGGCUCAGAAUGUAGGAAUGCUGGGUAUUCUUGUUAGAACAGGUAAAUACAGAGAUGGAGAUGAAAGUAAAAUUGACCCACCUCCUUACCUGACAUGCGACAGUUUCCCUGAUGCCGUCGAACACAUCCUACAGAAUCUGCUAUAAGCUCUAAUGGACUGCUAAGAGAAUGAAACAUUUUGCACUAUCAAGCUGUUUAAAAUAAAUAUCGUAAAUGUAAGCAUAUGCACUGUGAAAAACAUCUCGAAAAACAAUAAUGUUGGCUGUGAAAAGCAAUAUGCAUCUGUGACUCUCAGUGUCUGUGCAAAAGUAAUUACAGAGUGUCAAUGAAAAAAUAUCCAACUGAUGGAAAAAAAGUACAAAAAAACAGUUUGGAUUAAUAUUUUCAGCCUGGACAUCAAA